AUGCCGCCAAGCACACUCUUACUGAAUUUGUUUGGAGGGCAGGUUCCUCGCAACAACCGGCUGACGCGCCUCCAAGAUGCGCCUCUCGCCUAUGUGUCCCGAUGGUCCCGAUGUGACCGCUUCUGUCAUUGUUCUCUCCCAGCCGCCCACUGCGUGGAGGUGCGGGCACGGCGCGGCCGGCCCAGCCGACCCGUGGACGCCGCCGUGCUGGUUGUGUACCUGGGCAAGCACGACCUGCUCUCGUACACCGAGCCGGGCCAGCAGACUGCCGAGGUGGACUCGGUGCUGGUGCAUCCGGACUACGCCGCGGCCAGGCCCAGCUCGUCAUCGUCGGGAUCCUCGUCGUCGUCGUCCUCUUCCACUUCCUCGUACGACAACGACAUCGCCCUGCUGGUGCUGACGGAGGCAGUAGAGCCCAGCAGGCACAUCCGGCCCGUCUGCCUGUGGGAAGAGGCUCUCGGCAACGACCUGUCCGCCGUGGUGGGCCAGGUGGGCGCGGUGCCUGGCUGGGGCAAGGACGACACCGGCGCCAUCUCGAACGAGAUCCGCGUCGCCAACAUGCCGAUCGUGUCGCAGGAGACGUGUCUACGCUCCAACAUCUUCUUUCACGCCUUCACCACCGACACCACCUUCUGCGCCGGCUUUAGGAACGGCACGAGCGUCUGCAACGGUGACUCUGGCGGCGGCCUGUUCCUCCGAGGCGCGGACGGGCGCUGGCGCCUGCGCGGCAUCGUAUCCGUGUCCAUGUUCAGCGUCAACGAGCAGGCUUGCGACGCCUACAACUACGCCGUGUUCACGGACGUGGCCAAGUUCAUUCCGUGGCUACGCGAGCGGAUGGCGUCGACGUGAUCCUGCCUGAUCUCCCACCCGCCACACUGAUACCUUUGCCUUGCGACCGGGAGCCGGCGGCGUGACGCGCGGGAGCAGCUGGGCUCAGGCAGGCCGAUGACGUCAGAGCGCAACCCUGUCCGAUGCCCGAAGCUGCCUGGAGCUGCCCGGACCCUGAAGAGGCGCACACCCUCUGGACGUCGACAGCGCGAUGACGUCAUGUUGUCUUCGAUGUAAACAUGUCUCGCCCAAAACUGUCAUUUCGACGACAAUGUGAUCAUCAUCCUGAUUGUUUCGAGUCGGCUAUGAAAUCCAAAAGGUCUUCUUUGCCGAAGCGAUUCAAGUAAAGUGCCAUAACGAUAAAAGAAAAGGGAGUGAAGGGAAAAAGUGAUCGAACUCGAGGCUCAGAAACAGCCGUUGAUUGCUUAAGAAGUGUUUAAUGUACACCAAUUUUUACUGUGAUGUACGUAUCGUAUACUUGGAUGACUCCCCGCCAUGUUAAAUAUAAGCCUAUUGGUAUUUUUUAUAGAGAAUAAUAAAUUAUUUCUAACUUAAAUUA